AUGGCGGAUUUACAGUCACGAAUAGGUCCUAAACAAGAGGAACAGCCGUUUUUUCGUAAUAAAACAUGGAAGAGGCCAGGGCUCCACACCCCUAAUAAGACUGCGACUGCUGUCUGGGACACCUCCGACACCACCAACGAAGGGGACAGCGACUCAGGUUCAGGGAAUUUCAACGACGACCAAUACUUCAUUUCUUCUCCCCCACCUCUCUCUUUCUCCAACUCUGCCUCUCCAGACAGGCCUAGUCUUCAAGACAGAUUGAUGGAUGGACCCAUCCUCCCCGGGCUCAUUCAUCAAAGUCCAGAGACAGAGCAACUGAAGAAUGCGUCCAAACCGCUUAUAGACAGAGUAGCAAUACAUGACGACAAUGCCGAGCGAGGGUUUCAUGACAUCCGUGACGGCGGUGAGAUGGAUAUAGACCAAGAUAACGAUGAUGUGAUAUCCUCUGGAAGCAUAGACAAGUCACAGAACUUGAAAAACGUUGGGACCUCAGACCCAAAUCAGCCUAGAAUUGCUUCAUUGACCUCCGCCUCUGAGACACGCAACCAAACCUCUAGCAAUAACGCUGGUUUUGGCUCUCAGCAAAAAAGAAACAGUUCUCAACUCACGCUGGCUCAACGCAUGCAAAAUGGCUACGCGCCACCGCGACCUAACUAUUCCAAUACGCAUACAUCACCAUCCAAAUUCAAUUUUAACAAUAACCUCGAAAUGAAUAACGUUAUGCCACACGAAAGAUCUGGGGGUUCAAAUAGUGCUCAAGAAGAUGGGCAUCAAUCACCUCUUUCUUCAGACCCCAUUCGCACUAUCAUGAUGCCCGUUGUGCAGCAAAACGCAGAUUGUCGCGCAAACAAUGACGAUUCGAAGAAUGGCCCUCCGCAACAAAAAACCGUUAAUCCGAAAGUUUUUACUAACGAGAUUUCUGCUUCAUUUUCUGAAUUAGGUCGCAAAGUUCACAAAGAUAUGCAAGAUCGCGAUCUUCCGCGGAGAAGUCCUCCUCGUGUAGACCCGAGAAAUGGAUCGACUAUCGCAUCAACAUCCACUCAGGAACGCGUGGAAGCACCACUUUACUCACCAGGCACCGCGCAUGCUUACAAUCAAAAAGCAUAUAACCAGCAUGUAAAUUCUGCUCCCGGAGCGCACCUUAUCACCACCAAGAGACCUUUCAACGGCAUACACCUGAUUCUCAAGAUUCAAGAGACCAAGAUUAUGAACGGCGCCACCCAUCUGAUUCACGUUACGGUGGAAGAAGAUUAUCGCGAUCGCCGCCUCGAACCAUUCCAGAUAAAACUAUAG